AUGGGUUUCAUUUUAUUUCACUCGUUCAAAAGGAAUAAGAAAUCCAUAAGUGAGACAAGAGAAGCAAAAAAUGGGGAUUUGUUUUCCAUAUGGAAUUAUGAUGGAAACAUUGCAUAUAAAGAUAUCAUUGAAGCAACGGAAGAUUUUGAUAUCAAAUAUUGUAUUGGAACUGGUGCCUACGGAAGUGUUUAUAGAGCACAGCUUCCUAGUGGCAAAAUUGUAGCAUUGAAAAAACUCCACAGAAGAGAAUAUGAAAACACAUAUUUUUCUAAGAGUUUUCAUAAUGAAGUGAAGAUGUUAAGUGAAAUUCGACAUCGCAAUAUCAUAAAGCUUCAUGGUUUUUGUUUACAUAAUCAAUGCAUGUUUCUCAUCUAUGAAUACAUGGAAAGAGGUAGCCUUUUUUAUGUGUUGAAUAAUGAUGACGAAGCUAAAGAGGUUGAUUGGAGUAAGAGAGUAAAUGCCAUCAAAGGAAUAGCAAAUUCUUUGUUCUACCUUCAUCAUGAAUGUGUUCCUGUAAUUAUCCAUCGAGACAUAACAACUAGUAAUGUGUUAUUGAACUCAAAGAUGGAGGCAUUUCUAUCUGACUUUGGCACAGCUAGAAUCAUUGAUCCAAAUACAUCUAAUCAAACUCUUCUAGUUGGUACUUAUGGUUAUAUUGCUCCAGAGCUUGCAUACACUGUAGUUGUGACUGAAAAAUGUGAUGUUUAUAGUUUUGGAGUGGUGACAAUGGAAACAAUCAUGGGAAAACAUCCUGGAGAUUUGAUAUCAUCUUUGUCAAAGACAUAUUCUAAAAGCAUUUGGCUAAAAGAUGUGUUAGACCCACGUAUCCCACAGCCAUCGCGGAAAGAUGCACGAGAUGUGACUCUUUUGGUCACAAUAGCAUUAGCAUGCUUGAAUCCAUCUCCCCAGUGUCGGCCAUCGAUGCAGCAAGUGUCUCAAAGGUUUUUAUCCUCCAACAUGCCAUUACCCAUUCCUUUCAAUGAUAUAACGAUCCAGCAGUUAAUGAAUCAAUAUGUGCAAAUAAUGUAG